AUGAUGAGCUUUCUUCAGAUUUUCCAUCGUCGUGGCCAUAGAAUUGUGCCAAGAAGAUUCAUGUCAACCUCGUUACCACCUUCCCCGAUACCGAUCUUCACGACAGUUGACUCGUACAGAGAAUGGCGACGUUCAGCGUUAGACGCGAAGAAAACAGUCGGUUUUGUGCCCACGAUGGGUGCACUUCAUGACGGGCAUCUGACUCUAGUUCGUCGAUCUCUCGCGGAAAACGACCUCACAGUGCUCUCUAUAUUUGUCAAUCCAGCUCAAUUUGCCCCACACGAAGACCUUGCAACUUAUCCCCGAACACUGCCUAGGGACAUCGAGCUUCUGUUUCAACAGAGCUACACAGUUCCCACCCAAACUGCCGAAAAUGCACCUCAAAUUAGAAAAGCUUCAACGAUAUUCCUUCCAUCAGUAGAAGAAAUGUACCCGUCCGGUAUCAGCCAAACUGUUGCGGACCAAAAAGGGACUUUCGUCGAAGUGAAGGGGUAUGGCGAGCAAAUGGAGGGCAAAAGUAGACCUACGUUCUUCAGAGGGGUUGCAACAGUCGUAACUAAAUUAUUCAAUGCGGUAGAGCCAACUCAUGCGUAUUUCGGGCAGAAGGACCUUCAACAAGCUAUUUUACUUCGCCGUCUCGCAUCGGAUCUUCUCCUCUCCCAUCCAACACCUCGAAAUCUCCACAUUGUCCCAACAGUCCGCGAUCAGUCUUCCGGACUCGCACUCUCUUCACGAAACACAUAUCUUUCUCCGGCGGGUCAACAGGUCGCUCCGUUACUCUUCUCUGCCUUAACUGUCGCGCAAGAAGCUUGGGAUCUUGGUAUAAACAAAGCUGCAUGCAUUCAACGUGCCGUCAAUAUAAUAAAUCAAAAGAAAAAUGAAGUGCAAGUACAGGGUCUAGAUGUCAAGUUGAAGCUGGACUACAUACAGAUGAACGAUGCGAACGAAUUUGAUGAGUUGGGGGCAGAGGAGACUCGAAAUUCGAGGGAACGGCCAGUGAUUCUGAGCGGGGCUCUAUACGUAGAUUCGACUAGGUUGAUUGACAAUAUAAUCCUCGGCAACGCUAGUGAGAUAAUGUAUUAG